GGUCGUAAUGUCGCAUUGAAACAGAACGCGUCUCAAACCUCUACCUACACGAGGGAAACAUCGUUCAGUACCCAGGCAUCAAACGCAAUUGACGGCAACACCUACGGGGUUGUGUAUUACAACACCUGCACACACACAGCCGUCGAUGAUCCGUCGCCAAGUUGGCAUGUGAAGUUUGACCGUCCUCACGCUGUCAACAGAUUUGUUUUGUUUAACAGAGUUGAUAAUAGUGAG